AUGAAUGAUGAUAAAAAAGAAGCUGAGAAAAUUUUUGUUCAACUUCGCCGUGCUCAUGAAACACUGCUAGAUCCCAAAAAACGAGCGAUUUACGAUGCCCUUGGCGUGCAAGGCCUCGACACACAAGGAUGGGAACUUGUCUCGAGAUCUGCGAAUCCUGAAAAUAUCAGACGAGAGUACGAUUUCCUGCAAAGGUUGAAGGAACAGGAGCUAAUGUUACAGCGAAUUCAUCCUUCUACUGGAUUUAUUGUGAAGACAUCGUUAGCCGGUUUGUUCCCCGAGGAUCCAGACGAUAGGUACACA